GGCAAAGUGACGCCCUGGAGUCCAGCCGCCAUCAAAGAUCAAGAAUUGGGCAUCAGGAGUCAUCGGACCCACCAGAAGGAUCAGCCCACAGGGGAGCUGUCCGCCAGGGGGGAAGCUAAGCAAGGACCUGCCUGUCCCAAAUCAGGAAUCUGGGGGUCUCCCCCACUGACACUCCAGGCAACCCAGCAAGGCCUCCAGCUCUUUGAGCUCCAGGCCCCCUCCCCACAGCCAGCUGUUAGUCUCAGUCCCCAAUUUCUAGCCUUCGAGAGCCCAAGCACUCAGUCUCAGCGUCCUGCUGUCCAACCUCACUUCCCAGGUUCUGACCCACAAACACCACCACCACCAGCAAUCCUGGGACACUGGCCAAAAUCUCUAGGAGGGAGAUCAAUCCUUUGGGCUAUGCCCCCUGGCAUAGCAGUGUGAGCCCAGACCCCUGACCCUUGGGCUCUCAGGAUUCCCAGCCCCCUCAGCCUCCUUUGUGUGAAGAACACCCUCUCCUCUCAGGCAGUGUGGUUGGGGGCCAAAGGGGGAGCCAGCCCCGGCUGUGCCCCCGGCCCCCACCCGAGUCCUCCUCACCGGGAAGCACCCCUGGCCUUCGGGCCUCUCUCCCUGGCCCCCCUCGGCCCCUCCUCCUGGGCCGCCCCGAUGAAGGAGCCAGAUGCCAUCAAGCUGUUUGUGGGGCAGAUCCCAAGGCACUUGGAGGAGAAGGACCUGAAGCCAAUUUUCGAGCAGUUUGGCCGCAUCUUCGAGCUGACCGUCAUCAAGGACAAGUACACCGGGCUGCACAAGGGAUGUGCCUUCCUGACAUAUUGUGCCCGCGAUUCAGCCCUGAAGGCGCAGAGCGCCCUGCACGAGCAGAAGACGCUUCCAGGGAUGAACCGGCCUAUCCAGGUGAAACCAGCAGACAGCGAGAACCGAGGAGAAGACAGGAAGCUCUUUGUGGGGAUGCUAGGGAAGCAGCAGACGGAUGAAGACGUCAGGAAGAUGUUCGAACCAUUCGGGACCAUUGACGAGUGCACUGUGCUCCGGGGGCCUGAUGGGACCAGCAAAGGCUGUGCCUUUGUUAAGUUUCAGACCCAUGCAGAGGCCCAGGCUGCUAUCAACACCCUCCACAGCAGCCGGACCCUCCCGGGUGCUUCAUCCAGCCUGGUGGUAAAAUUUGCCGACACAGAGAAGGAACGAGGCCUUAGACGCAUGCAGCAGGUGGCCACCCAACUGGGCAUGUUCAGCCCCAUUGCCCUCCAGUUUGGAGCCUAUAGCGCCUACACCCAAGCCCUGAUGCAGCAGCAGGCGGCCCUGGUAGCAGCUCACAGUGCCUACCUCAACCCCAUGGCCACCAUGGCUGCCGUGCAGAUGCAGCACAUGGCUGCCAUCAAUGCCAACGGGCUGAUCGCCACUCCCAUCACCCCCUCCUCAGGAACCAGCACCCCUCCUGCCAUCGCUGCCACGCCUGUCUCUGCCAUCCCUGCCGCCCUGGGUGUCAACGGCUACAGCCCUGUGCCCACACAGCCCACCGGGCAGCCAGCCCCUGACACCCUCUAUCCCAAUGGUGUCCACCCCUAUCCAGCCCAGAGCCCGGCUGCCCCCGUGGACCCCCUCCAGCAGGCCUAUGCAGGAAUGCAGCACUACACAGCAGCCUACCCAGCAGCCUACAGCCUGGUCACGCCCGCCUUCCCUCAGCCUCCAGCCCUGGUCGGCCAGCAGCCCCCUCCACCCCCCCAGCAGCAGCAGCAACCACAGCAGAGAGAAGGCCCUGAUGGUUGCAACAUCUUCAUCUAUCACCUGCCCCAGGAGUUCACUGACUCUGAGAUCCUACAGAUGUUUGUCCCCUUUGGCCAUGUCAUAUCUGCCAAGGUCUUUGUCGACCGGGCCACUAAUCAGAGUAAAUGUUUUGGCUUUGUGAGUUUUGACAAUCCGGCCAGCGCGCAGGCUGCGAUUCAGGCCAUGAAUGGGUUCCAGAUUGGCAUGAAGCGCCUCAAAGUCCAGCUCAAGCGGCCCAAGGAUGCCAACCGACCCUACUGAGGGGCAGCAGGUCUGGAGAUGCCAGAGGAAGGGGAUACCCCCAAUCCCCUCCUCCCCCAUUGACCACCCCCCAGCCCUCUCAGCACAUCUGCUCUGGCCCUCAGCCGGGCCCCCUGGGGACAGCUGCCUCGAGUCUUGGGGAAGCAGGACACCUUCACUUAUCCUCACCCCUCCUCAAAAACCAACUUUCUGCUCCCCGCCGCCCACCACAGUCUUGAGGGGAAUGACGUGACUGAGCCCCUGUAGUUCACUUGGGCCCCCCACCUCCUUCCCGGGGACCUGCUGGACCUCACAAAGGCUGCAGAGUGGGAACAGGGGGGCACAGCUCAGAGUGUUGUAGGGCAUCUCUUUUCCUACUGGGGCGUGGUACCUGUGCCCUGGCACCUUCAGCACCCAGCCUUCUCCCCCCACCUCUCCCCAUUAGGGGACGACUUCUUCUCUCUUGAACUGUGCAGACCCCCAGGAGGGGACUGAGGGCCUCCGCUCCCUCCAUUCUUAGCCUCCCCUCCACUCCAGGGGUUUCCAGCAGCUGUCUCCCGACUCCUCUGCCCCUACUAGAGCUAGGACAUUCCCGUACUUGGGCCCUCGGGUCCUCAAGCUCACUGCCUCCCCAAGUUCCCCUCUGGGCUGCCCAUCUCCUGUUCAGCCAGAGAGACCCUUCCCCAAGAAAAAAGCCCUCCCCUCCCCCAACUAAUGUUUACAGUCUCUGCCGAUCCCUUUCCUGUAAAUACCACAUUGGUGCGGUAGCCAGCCAGGCCAUCUCUCUUUCUGGGAGUUUAGACAAUGUUCCCCGUGGUUUUUUUUUUCAUUCUUAAUUUUUUCUCUUUGGUUUGACGGUUAGGGGUGGGGAGGGGCA